CGGGUUUGGGCGCGGGGCGUGGCCAAAGCGAAAGCGAAAGCGAUGGCGCGAGCGCGGCUGGCGCUGGCGGGGCUGUUCCUGGCCUGCGGGGGGGUGGCGGUUUCUGGGGACCCCCCCCCCGCCCUGCGCUGCCCCCUGCUGGACGAGCGCGGCGCCCCCUCCCCCCGCGGGGCCCUGCUCCGGCUUUUGGGGGGUCCCGAGGCCUCCCCGGCCCCCGACCCCCAGCGGGACCCCGAGAACGCCUUCGAUGUCAUCGACCCCUUGGGGGUGCUGGGGGAAUUUUGGGGUCCCUCCCGGGAGCCCCCCCGGUGCGAGCUCAGCCCCACAGUGCCGCUGCUGCCACCCCCGGGGAUGUCCCCGGGGUCCCCGCGGUGCCACCCCGGGCUGGGGAUGCGCUGGUGGCUCCUGGCCCUGGGGACGCCCGAGGGGGAGGGGACGGCGCUGCUGCAGCAGGGGGGAGGAGACCCGCCCCUCCUCAAUGUGUCCCUGUUGGUGUCCACACGGACGCCGCGGACACAGGCGCUGCUGGGGGCGCCAGGGCGGCUGCACUGCGCCUUCGCGCCCCCAGCCGGGCCCUUCACGCUGCAGUGGCUACAGCACCGCCACGGCGCCACGCGGCGCCUGCUGGCCUUCGACUCAGCCGCUGCCCAUCGCACCGAGGCCGUGCCGGGGGUGCUGCUGUUCCUGGGGGGCCACGGGAGCCCCCCCAGUGCCUCACAGUCCUCCCAGCCGUCGAGGGGCACCAGGGAGGUGUCACUGCAGCUGCCGCCGCUCUCGGUGUCGGACGACGGUGCCUUCGUCUGCUCCGUGAGCGCGCUCCACGGGCAGGUGCAGCAGGUGCUGCAGCUGCACGUGAUUGCCCCUCCCCGGGUGUCUCUGCUGCCGUCCCGGCUGUCCCCGGGGGUCCUGGCUGAGCUGCGCUGCGACGCCGUCGGCUUCUUCCCGCUGGACGUGGAGAUCCGCUGGGAGCGCCGCACCCACGGCCACACCUGGCCAUACCUGGGGGACACCUCAGGGGACACCCCGGGGACCACCCUGGGGCCCAGCUGGAGCUCCGGGCACCGGCGGGCAGCCGACGGCACCUUCAGCCGCAGCGCGGGGCUGCGCGUGGCCGCGGUGGCGCCGGGGGACAGCUACAGCUGCCUGGUGACACACGUGGCGUGGAACGUGCCACACCGGGUCACCGUGGUGGUGGCAGGUGAGGGACACCUGGGGACACACCUGGGGACAUCAGGGACAAGGUGCCACCGGGCCCAGCGUGGAGGACAUGGCGGGGAUGGCCCUGGUGGCCUUCGUCAUCGGGGGGCUCAGCCUGAGCCUGUGGCCCUUGGCGGGGAAGUGACACCAGUGUCCCCGAUGUCCCCAGUGUCCCCCUUCAUCUCUGUGUCCCCAUGUCCCAGGUGUCCCCAGGUACCCAGUGUCCCCAGGUAUCCCCAGUGUCCCCAGUGACCCCUUCAUCUCCGUGUCCCCGAUGUCUCCAAGUGUCUCCAGGGGGGCUUUUCAUUUGACAGCUCUGAUGUCCCCAAACCCCCAAAAAUGUCCCCAACCUCCCCCAAAAUGUCCCCAACCACAAAUGUCCCCAAGCUCCCCAAACUUCCCCAAUGUCCCCAAAUGUCCCCAAUGUCUCGAAGCCCCCAAAGUCCCCAAGUGUCCCCAGUGUCUCAAAGUCCCCCCAUUGUCCCCAAAAUGUACCCAAAUAGUUCCAGAAUAAACGGGGGGGGGGGGUGACAUCCCCCCUCAAACCGAUACAUCCUGAGUGGGGAUUGGGGACAUCUGGGGAGGUUUGGGGAUGUCGGGGAGUUUGGGGACAUUUGAGGAGGUUUGGGGACAUUUGGGGAAUCUGGGGACAUUUGGGAACUUUGGGGACAUUUGGGGAGGUUUUGGGACAUUGGGGAGUUUGUGGACAUUUGGGGACACUGGGGACACCAGUGGGGUUGGUGGCACGGGAGGAGUUUGUUCCAGUUUGGAUUUUAAGGUUCUUUUUAAAGCAUUGAUUAAAAAACCCAAAGCACGAAUUUAAAGUCGUUAAAGAACCAA